AACAGGCAUGCCCCGGGGCUCGUGUGAAGAACGCGGUGGAAGCAUCCUCCAAGCCAGCGCCAACAAAUUUCCGUUUUCUACAGCCCUUUCGGGCUAGAGGUUAUUUUAUGAGCAUCUCUGAUUUUGUACACGUGGCAUGUGAACCGAGAGAAAGAAGAUGGAGAGAUCACCCUCCAGAAGUCGUCGCCUGGAAGAGGCCCCAGUUGUCCUGGAUAUGGUUUCUCUUUUGCAGAAAUUGCCAUACAAGAACCCAACUCACCUUGCUCAGCAGCAGGAACCCUGGAGUCGGCUCAACUCAACCCCCACAAUUACUUCCAUGAGGCGGGAUGCCUACUAUUUUGAUCCCGAGAUACCAAAGGAUGACCUGGACUUCCGCUUAGCAGCCUUGUACAACCACCACACUGGGACAUUCAAGAACAAAAGUGAGAUACUGUUAAACCAGAAGACCACACAAGAUGUCUGUAGAACCAAGAUCCAAUUUCCUGGAGAAUUUUUAACCCCUCCCACUCCACCCAUCACUUUCCUGGCUAACAUCAGACACUGGAUCAACCCUAAAAAGGAGUCCAUCCAUAGCAUCCAGGGAUCCAUAGUGUCCCCUCACACUGCAGCCACCAACGGAGGCUACUCCCGAAAGAAAGAUGGUGGCUUCUUCUCCACCUAGUGUUGACAGAUCCCUGAACCAAUCACAGUGAAACAUACUGCGGCCCACUUCCAUUAAAUAGAUUUGUGCAAGAUGAA